CAACUCCAAUGCGCCCUUCAUACUUCGCUCCCCUUCAUAGCCCUGACCAGGACACUCAUAAUCCUGACAUUCCUCAACAUAUACUUCGACAACUCCAAUGCGCGGAUCCGCAAAUAAAUAUUGACCUCCCUCCACAAGUAAGAUCUACAGCCCAUCUUCCUCAACAUACUUUGACAGAAUUCCUCAACAUACUUCCUCUCUCUUACUUCGAACUUCAAAGUAAGAUCUACAGCCCCAGCCCCAUCUACCUUCGGGCUUCCUCUCUCUUCAUGGCUAGAAGACCAAGGUUCAAAUGUCCUUGCAAAAUACAAAGAGCAAGAUCAAGUUUCCGCAUUGCAUUUGAAGCUUAUGUACUCUUCCUUUCAACGUUGGGAGUCUUCAUCCAAGUGAAAUUUCAAGCCAACAGUGUUUCCCCAUUUGAAGAUGCCACAAUAUCUUCUUUUGUUGUUGUUAUUUCCAUCUAUAUGGGAACAGUUAUUGUUGGCAAGAAGUUUAAGUUUAUUAGGCCCAUUCAACUCCUCUUUGGCGCACUUGCCCCAAUCUUAUUAUUGCUGAUUUUAGUUCCAAUAUUUGGACGGAUGCUGCUUGGUUUUUGGGUCAUCCUUACAGUAAAGAUGGCAUGGGACUACUUACACCAACUUUGUUUCCAUUUUUUAUACAAAAUAAGUCGUCUAGCACUCAACUUAAUUGCUAUGCUCAUGACUCGUAAUCCCAUAAUUGUAGAGGGAUUACAAGAGCCUCCAGUUUAGACUCCAUUUC